AUUAUAUAAAUUUUGACGGAGAAUCAUAUCCUAAACAGAUUAUUAAUUUUCGAGAGUGAUUAAGUUGAUUUACCCAAUUUGUUUAAACACAUUUAUAAACAUCCGGACAAGACACAUUAGGUUUCCGGUUACACUUCUGACGUCCAUCGUCUGACGCAGCAUCUCAUUUUCGAAAUCUCCGCCUCCCGCUGCCACAUCUCACCGUCUCACGCCGCCGCCGAACUGCAUCUUCUUCACCAACUUACUUCUUCAGGAUAUUUAUAUGCCGGACUAGGAGUUUGCAAUGUCUGUCAUAAGUAGCUGAUUUGCCAUUUUGAGAGGUAGCACGUGGACAAGCCAAUAAUGAGCAUGCUUUUAAGAAUAAGACGUUGUUUACCCAAUGGUUUGUUAUAUAGACAACCUCUUAAUGCUAGCAUUGUAGGGUUUAAUGCUAGGAAAUUAAAUGUAUUUACAAGAAACCUAGGUCAAGCUGCAAGGAAAGAACCGGAAGAAGAUGUAGAGGAAGUUGAAAUUGAUCAACGAAGUCUCCCAACUGAUUUUGAUCCAGCAACAUUUGAUCCUACUGACCAUCGUGGCCCUCCAUCAGAGAAAGUUUUCAGGCUUGUUGAUGAAGUGGCAUCUCUAACACUAACUGAAGCUGCAGAAUUGGGUCUCCUUCUGAUGAAGAAAAUGGGGAUAAAGGAGAUGCCUAAUGUGGGAUAUAUGAAACCAGGAUCUGUAAAUUUGGCUGCAAUGGCAGCAAAAGGACCAACAGCAGCCAAGGAGGAGCAGAAGCCAGAAAAAACGGUAUUUGAAUUGAAACUGUUGUCCUAUGAAGCAGCUUCCAAAAUUAAAGUCAUCAAGGAGGUCCGCGGUUUUACUGAAUUAGGUUUGAAGGAGGCAAAGGAUUUAGUUGAAAAAACACCUUCUAUUAUUAAGAAAGGUGUUUCAAAGGAAGAAGGAGAGCAGAUAAUAGAGAAAUUGAAAGCUCUUGGUGCUAAUGUGGUUAUGGAAUGAAGUGAUGUAUUGUUUUCAUGGGAGUGAUUUUUCAUCUAGCAAUUUUGAAAAUUUCUUAUUGUUGGCCAAAUAUACAACAAAUUUUGCUAGUAUUUUGUUUCAAAUUGUGCUCAUUUUUUGCUGCUACAAACAAAACAUUAACCUUUAUGUUACCUCUGGCUCUUGAUGUAAUAAAAGUACUAUUGAUAUAAAUGAGGGAUAUAUAAGUCUCA